CUCAAUGGGCUGGAGGCACCUUCCCCCUCAAGCCACUCCUGCCCCUUUUUCACUCAAAACCAUGAUAGUAUUCGCCAUCGAAACUCACACACCGCCCUCGCCUGAGUGUGUGUUCAACAAGAGAUUUACAUCAAAAAGACGAAAAAAAUCCCUUGCCCCUCUCUUGAAAAGCUUCUUCCCACAAACAAAUCAACCCUUACGGAAGUCUCAUCGACAAUCAACAACAAACAAUCUCAAUCCCCCUCUACACUUCACAUCAAAAUAUCCCAUCCUGAACUCAACCCUUCACUCACAAUCACUGCCAAAAUGAAGAGCAUCGCCAUCAUCACCUCCUUCUCCGCCAUCUUUGGCGCGAUUGUCACCUCUGCUGCUCCCGCUGAGCAGCCUGUCAAGGCCGACAUCGCCACGAUCUGCGAGAUCACCGAGGCUCCCUUCGCCAACGCUGUCUGCCAUCCCUUCACAGCCCCCGACGGCAGCGUUUUUGCUGUCUUCACUCUCGAUCCCGCCAAGUCCAACGAGGGCAACUUCGACGGCAUGGAGACUGCCGCCAACUCUGGAGUCACCACCUGGAUUCCCAACAAGAAGGCUGGCAAGGAGGACUUCUGCGACAAUGUCAAUGGCCUUCACUCUGGCCACAUCAGCCCCUACAUGCCCCUCGUCUCCGACUGCCUCGCCAUCAAGGAUUGGGCCGCCUCCAAUGCUGGCCACUGGACAGUCUCCAAGGCCGACUUGGACAAGCACCGCUGGGUUGCUCUCUCUGUCGUUGGCACCUGCGCCUUUGUCGUCGGCGCCACUAAGGAGAACCGCCCUGAGGCUGGUAUCAACAUUGGCAACCAGGAUGUCACCGAGAUCAUUCAGCAGGCCAUUGAGAAGCACAGGAUGAUGGAUCAAGUCGAGGUUGCUGGCCGCUCUUCUUGCAUCGCCUCGGGUGGCAAGGUCGCUGCCGACUGGUACAUCGCAAACCCCGACAUGAUCAAGUGGGACAACUGAGGAGUGAGCAUGCCUUACGAGAUUUGGCUCCCGAGAACAAACAUCGUUACAGGGUCGGACAUGGGUCCACGAGGAAAGGGUUGCAGGAGCGGGUAGUUUGUGACCGCAUCUUGGAAUUCUUUGAGGUCACAUUGGAAGGAGGAUACUUUUAGUCCCAAUACACAGGCUUCAUUACGAACA